AUGGCACCAGGUGGGAGAGCACGUCGUUCGUGCACUGGAUCUACCCCUUCUACCCGUGAUGUGACGAAGAUAUCAUUGCCGUCACAUGUUGCAUCGCAGGCGUCUGAUCCCUCAGUGCCUUUGGUGAACUGUUUCUUCAUCUGGCGAUUUGUGCUUUUGGUGGGCACUGUUGUUAUUGGUGCUUUAAUCCGUCAGAGGCAGUGGCAGAGGAUCUGUAGGGAUACAGUCGACUAUGGGGGUUUAAAUAUGAUUGAGAGAAUUGAAAAGCUGGAAGAGGAUCUUCGGAGCUCGGCAACAAUUGUAAGAGUGCUAUCAAGGCAGCUUGAGAAUCUGAGGAUUAGGUUUAGAGUUACAAGGAAGUCUUUGAAAGAUCCCAUCACUGAGGCUGCAGCUUUGGCUCAGAAAAAUUCUGAGGCCACUCGGGCACUUGCAAUGCAAGAAGAAAUACUCGAAAGGGAACUUGGUGAAAUUCAGAAGGUCUUGUUGGCAAUGCAGGAGCAGCAGCAGAAGCAACUUGAGCUUAUUCUUGCAAUUGGGAAAUCCGGGAAGCUAAGAGAAAGCAGGUUGGACUCUGCUGCAGAAGAUCAGAGAAUUGAAACAGGGCAUUCAGUUCCUGGGAAGGAACAAAUGAAACAAAUGGAAACCCAAAAAGGGGGGCAUAGGAGAAGCAACAACGACAAAAUCUAGAUUCCAAGUAGAUGGUUUUAUUCAUUCUGCCAUGCAUUGAUAAAAAUGCCUCAUGCAUUCAAUGGGAGGAAGCAUGUUGAUCAGAAGGAUAAGAUCAUUUGACCAUUGGAAUUUUGUGCCAUGACCCAUGAUGGGGCCUGCCAGAUGAAUGGUCCGGAUCUAGUAUGCAUGUACGAAGGCAAUUUGCUGAUUUAACAAAAGGUUCGUUUAUGUUGGAUCCUUUCCAUUUAAACAAUGCACUAAUCAUAUGCUCAUUUAUGCCA